CAGUCCGAUUUAUAAGAUGGAAAGUGUCGUCAUAAACCCUAGUGCCUGCCUGCCGCUACCUGCAAUCAGCCAGCCGGACUAAGAAGAAAAGAGAAGUCACGCCAUGUCGAAGAGAAAGGUUAGAGAGCCAAAGGAAGACAAUGUCACUCUCGGUCCUGCUACCCGUGAAGGAGAGCUUGUAUUUGGGGUUGCACAUAUCUUUGCCUCAUUCAAUGAUACCUUCAUUCAUGUGACUGAUCUCUCUGGGAGAGAAACCAUGGUUCGGAUUACUGGUGGAAUGAAGGUAAAGGCUGAUAGAGAUGAGUCGUCUCCAUAUGCAGCUAUGCUUGCUGCACAAGAUGUUUCAACAAGAUGCAAGGAGCUUGGAAUCAAUGCCCUCCACAUAAAACUACGGGCAACUGGAGGUAACAAGACAAAGACACCCGGUCCAGGUGCACAGUCUGCCCUCAGAGCUCUUGCCCGUUCUGGCAUGAAGAUUGGUCGCAUUGAGGACGUGACACCAAUUCCAACAGAUAGCACUCGUCGAAAGAGUGGGAGAAGAGGAAGGAGGCUGUGAUAUGUUUUUUGUCUACAGUAUGUUUUCAAAGUAUUUGCAAUUUGGAUUUUUGUUGUCUUCAACUUUUGUAGGUUAUUUUUAUGUUCUGGUUGACAUGCAUUUUUGUUGAACUGCUUUAUAUUUCUGUUGAAUGAUAUUCUAUUAUUUACUUCAUAUAUGGGUUUUAUGCUUUA